CAUUUCUGUUGUCUCUCUCCUUCGCCCCAAACCUUCUCUCUCUCUCUCUCUCUCUCUCUCUCUUCCAACUCUUUCUCUCUCUAAAUUAUUUAAACCACAAAACUCAACCUCCUCUCUCUCCAUCUCUCUUUCUCCAUCGGAGAUAGAUACUAGCUUUCACGACAUAAUAUUAUUAUAGAUCGAGAGAAAGUUCGAGCUAGCUCAUCGGAUCGAGCUUAAGCUAAAGAAAAUGGCUCAGAGGACGGAGAAGGAGGAGACGGAGUUCAAGGUCCCCGAAACCUUAACACACUGCGUCAACAACUGCGGCGUCACCGGCAAUCCCGCCACCAACAACAUGUGCCAGAAGUGCUUCAACGCCACCACCUCCACAGCCACAACAACCGCCGCAGCCGCAACAACGUCGUCAACAACCACCGCGGUUUUCAAGUUUUCCCGCGAGAAGGUCCCGAGAUCCAGCUCGUUUCGGUUUGAGAGUCCCUCCGAGACCAUCCGUAGAGCAGCGACGUCGGUGGAGAGCACGAGAUCGGAGGAUUCGUCGAUGAGGCGCGUAGUCAACCGGUGCUCCGGAUGCCGGAGAAAGGUCGGAUUGACCGGAUUCCGAUGCCGGUGCGGGGAGCUGUUCUGCUCAGCGCACAGAUACUCGGAUCGACACGUGUGUAGCUACGACUAUAAGGCCGCCGGACGCGAGACCAUCGCCAGAGAAAACCCCGUGGUCAAGGCCGCCAAGAUCGUCAGGGUUUGAUGCUUUCAUAUUUAAAACCUUUUGUAGAAAUGAAAAAAAAACAUGCUUCAUAUUUCAGAAAUAUUCCUCUAUAAAAACGAGAGGAAUUGCUGCUCGGUUGUUCGCGGUGUCUCUCCCUCGGAGAUCACCAGAACGAUCGUAUAGAGCUGCAGAGAGAGAUGGCUUUGGCUUCUCGAAUUCUCUCUUAAAUUAUUAUUACUUUUUUUUCUUAAAUUUUAAUUUCAAUUUUUUGUGUGUUGUUCUUUGUUUGGAAAUGAUCAGUUAUGGUGAUUAACGAUGAUGAUAUUCGACGUUUUGGUU